UGAGAACAUCCCAAACAAAUCUCGGACCACAACUGAACAUCUCUGGCAAUGGAGAAAGCCAACAAACAAGAAACACAGGACGCUGCUCGCGAGCAGCACCAACCGCCUCAUAUAUCACCCAUGCAGCCGCUCACCAGAGACGCAUACGGUGGCGGAAUGUACGCCGCCGAGGAGGGCCAGCUGAAGGAGCAAGAGAAGCCACCGGCCAGCGCCACCCAGAGUGCUGAUGGCCCGGCAGAAGCCACCAUCCAGCCCAAGCACACGCCACCGCCCUCCACCGGUGAUCGUGACCUCGACAUCACCGGCCAAUCUUAUAUUCAGUAGCUCAGAUUUUCAUGUGCGAUUCUGUAUGUAUGUACUGUAUAGUAACUAUCAGAUUAUGCAACUUUAGUUUGAUGUUCUUAUACAUUUCUACGCAAGCUAAUGUGACUGGAAUUCAAUAAUAAAGGCAUCUUGAAAUUUCACA